AUGUGUGUUGAACUCCACUUCGUUGCACUUCGUUACGUUCAACUGUUUAUAGAUUACAGUAGGUUUAUAGGUUACAGGUGUGUUGAACUCCACUUCGUUGCACUUCGUUACGUUCAACUGUUUAUAGAUUACAGUAGGUUCAUAGGUUACAGGUGUGUUGAACUCCACUUCGUUUCACUUCGUUACGUUCAACUGUUUAUAGAUUACAGUAGGUUCAUAGGUUACAGGUGUGUUGAACUCCACUUCGUUGCACUUCGUUACGUUCAACUGUUUAUAGAUUACAGUAGGUUUAUAGGUUACAGGUGUGUUGAACUCCACUUCGUUGCACUUCGUUACGUUCAACUGUUUAUAGAUUACAGUAGGUUCAUAAGUUACAGGUGUGUUGAACUUCACUUCGUUGCACUUCGUUACGUUCAACUGUUUAUAGAUUACAGUAGGUUCAUAGGUUACAGGUGUGUUGAACUCCACUUCGUUGCACUUCGUUACGUUCAACUGUUUAUAGAUUACAGUAGGUUCAUAGGUUACUGGUGUGUUGAACUUCACUUCGUUGCACUUCGUUACGUUCAACUGUUUAUAGAUUACAGUAGGUUCAUAGGUUACAGGUGUGUUAAACUCCACUUCGUUGCACUUCGUUUCGUUUAACUGUUUAUAGAUUACAGUAGGUUCAUAGGUUACAGGUGUGUUGAACUCCACUUCGUUUCACUUCGUUACGUUCAACUGUUUAUAGAUUACAGUAGGUUUAUAGGUUACAGGUGUGUUUAACUCCACUUCGUUGCACUUCGUUACGUUCAACUGUUUAUAGAUUACAGUAGGUUCAUAGGUUACAGGUGUGUUGAACUUCACUUCGUUGCACUUCGUUACGUUCAACUGUUUAUAGAUUACAGUAGGUUCAUAGGUUACAGGUGUGUUGAACUCCACUUCGUUGCACUUCGUUACGUUCAACUGUUUAUAGAUUACAGUAGGUUUAUAGGUUACAUGUGUGUUGAACUCCACUUCGUUGCACUUCGUUACGUUCAACUGUUUAUAGAUUACAGUAGGUUCAUAGGUUACAGGUGUGUUGAACUUCACUUCGUUGCACUUCGUUACGUUCAACUGUUUAUAGAUUACAGUAGGUUCAUAGGUUACAGGUGUGUUAAACUCCACUUCGUU